CCGGAUUGGUUGUGCUUGUGUAGCUGGGAUAGUCACCGAGGGACUAAGUCACUGAGGCAUAAAGAUGAGAUCUGUAGCGGUUGCAAUAAGUAUAUAGAGUUGGAAUUUGCUCUUCUCUAAUUCACAACUCUUAGUCAAAAAUGGAGUACAGGAAAAUCAGGGAUGAGGGUGAUGAUAGGGAGAUCGGCGUCGAGGACGUUGAGAGUUUACGUGAAAAAUCGGUUUUGCUUCCUAGACAACCGUUUGGCCUCCGUGGGAGAAACCAAAACCGAUAGCCACAGGGCGAAAGCAAAGUGGAAACUCAAGUCAGUUGUUACACUUGCAUUGACUGUUCUUACUAGUUCGCAAGCCAUUCUAAUCGUUUGGUCUAAGAGAGCUGGCAAGUACGAGUAUAGUGUAACCACCGCAAACUUUCUGGUGGAGACUUUAAAAUGUGCUAUAUCCCUUGUGGCUCUUGCAAGAAUAUGGAAAAAGGAAGGUGUCACCGAGGAUAAUCGGUUAAGCAUCACAUUAGAUGAAGUUAUAGUGUAUCCUGUUCCAGCAGUCUUUACCUUAUCAAAAAUUUGCUUCAGGUUAAGUGAGAUUCAAUGGGCUGCUUUUAUUUUACUGACUGCUGGUUGCACUACAGCCCAGUUUGAAUUCAAAGUAAGACUAAUCCAAGUCUGACAUGUAGCCAUCACUUUCAUACUAAUAUAUUAUAAUGUUCUUGUGGUACUGUAGAAAUGGCCCCCUAUCUACAAGCUGUAAUGUAACAAACAAAUGUAUCGUGGUACUAUAUAAAAGUUGUGCCAAUUGUUUGGUUAGUAAUCAUAGCUGUGUGUCACGAACCAAUUCUAUGGUCAGGUGCUGGCCCAAGUAUCUGAUUGAAGUGCUAGUGAGAAAGUUGGAUAAGAUUGAGAGAAGAAUAAAGGGAUGAGAGAUAGAGUUAGGUGUGGAAUCAUUUGGUAAUUGUAGAGAUUAGAAAAGCUCCAACUCUUCCUAGUUCCUAUCAGUUUUGUAUACCUACUCUUUGCCAAA